UCGUUGCAGAGAAGCCAAUAGUAUCCAAAUUCGAACUCCACACACACAGUAAAGAAAACUUGUCUUUACCUUCUUCUUCAUCAAAUCCAUCUGAAACUGAACCAGAAUUUCUUCUCUCCAUUCUCGAUUCCCGAUUCCCUACCAUUUCUCUCUACGCCGUUAUCUACGCUGUCACCUAAGCUUUACUGAACUACGGCAAUGGCAGCGAUCGAGGUUUCGUUGUGAUUUGACGGUGAGAAAUGAAAAGGAAGUGUAGGGUUUGGUGGCCUAAGGAGCUUUCCCUAAACACAACUUCGUCCUCUACUAAAUCCUUCUUGUUCGGCUGGUUUGUUUCUUCUUCUUGUAAUUAUCUCGACGUUGUAGUGGCUUUUGCGACCAGUGAUGCUUCGCUUUCUGGUUUGGAAUCUGAAUUCGAGGGAAUUCUACAUGAAACAAACGAAAAAAUGCCAAUGUCAUUACAGGAUAAAUCAGAGCUCUCUUUAUUAGGUCAUUUUGCUGUUGGUGUUAGCAACAAUGGUGAAUUGUCAAGAGUUGGAAUGGGAGAAGAUGAUGAGUUGAAAUCUGGUCCAGGUUUCAAUGGAAAUAACUCUGGACAAUGGUCUUGUGAGUGUCAUAAACUUGAUCGGUUAGUUGAACGAGAUAGACCGAUUUCUAAGGGAAAUAGUUGGAUCCAGGUUGUUGCUUAUUCGCGUGAAAAGUUUGGAAGAGACAUUUUUCGCAUUCCUAAAUUGCAUCACAUUCAUUGGAAUGGUCAGAUAGUAUCGCAUUGUGAUGUUCACUAUAUAUUUUAUGAGACACCAGCAUAUGGAUCUCACCAUUUCUCGUCACAUUCUUGGAGUUCAUACGAACAAGUGAAAGCUCCUCUUAGAAAGCCCAAAUGGGUUGAAAAACUUCACCAGAAGCAGCCACUUUGUGACUUGGACACUACCAUUCUGGCCAUUAAUUGUGCCACUGCUGCUAAGGUCUUAUUCAGUAGACAUUUGGAUGCGAAGAGAUCUGUUUCCUGGAAUUUUGCAUUCUUGUGGCAUCUAUUUGCUAUUUCUGUGGCUUCAGUGUCCACUGUACUUUAUAUCAUUCUUCAGUCCCUUUACAGGCUCUUGAGUUACACAUCAAGCUCAUGGAUAUACAUUACAUCAACCAAGGUAUUCCACACAGCUGGGUUAAAUAUUAGAAUUCGAUGCUCUCAGAUCUUGUACUGGCCAAUCUUCCUUCAAGAUAGGGGCAUUAGGUCUUUAUCGUGUGUGGAAUAUGCUGAGAAAGCUGCUUUGCAGAGGCAUUCAUUGUGGUCAAGUUUAGCCACCGAUAUAUUUCUUGGAAAUUUGAUUGGUUUUGUGCUGCUGUUUCAUGCUGAAUCUGCCAGCUUCUGGGUACUUAAUUUUGCUGAUGAUAUUACGAACAACUUAUUACGCUCAGGUUGUGUGUGGUUGAUGGGGGUCCCUGCAGGUUUCAAGUUAAACACAGAACUUGCAGCGGUACUUGGCAUGAUUUCACUUAAUGCAGUGCAGAUUUGGUCAACUCUUUGGAUCUUCAUGGGUUUCGAUGUCACUUUCUUAGUUAAAACCCUUGGUAUCUUGAGUAUCAUUUUUGGUGUGACUCUACCUGCUGCUUUGAUCAUAGAUUUAAUUACUCUAGCAACAUUACAUGUCUCGACUAUCCAUUGCGUGAUCUCACUUUUGUAUUCAACUCAGAUACAAGCAAUAGCAUCUUUAUGGCGUCUUUUCAGGGGUCAAAAAUGGAAUCCUCUCCGAAUGAGAUUAGAUAGCUAUAACUACACUGUGAAGCAGCACAUUGUUGGAUCGCUUCUGUUUACACCACUCCUGCUUUUACUGCCGACAACUACUGUUUUCUAUAUCUUCUUUAGCAUUUUGGACACAACCAUUAGCCUUGUAUGUAUGCUCACUGGAGUCGCUAUUUCAGUUAUUCAUGCUACACCAUACGUCAAAGUUUUCCUUCGGUUGGUUCAGCCAAGAAGGUUUCCUUCUGGCAUAUGGUUUGAUAUCGUAUCAUCUCAGUGUGAUACCAGUGAUCCUUCAGAAAGGGUCGACUUUUCCUCCGAGAACUUGCAGAUGAAAAAGGACAUCACCAAGGAGAAAACUUCGUCUAUGAUUUCAUUUCUCCACAGCAACUUCAUGACUCUAGGACAAGUAAUCUUGCCUCACUACAAAAAUAUUUUUUCUGGCAUUUCUCGAUCGUCUAUUGCCGCUUCAGCGUACGGGAUCCUCACUGGGAAAAGAAUGGGAUCUACCAUGUUGGCUGAUCUUCCUUCACCAAUGCCAUGGAUGUUCAUCCCCUACAAGCAGUAUUGGUUCCUUUGUCGCGAUUCGAUUUUGGCAAUGUCGUCGUAGACAUGAUCUAACCGAAAAUUUUGCUUAAAUUUAACCAUUCUCAUUUGGUAAAUCUUCCCCACUUUUUGUUUUCUUUGGCUGUGAUUCCUACCAUUCAGUUUUGAAGUCUAUUUAUUAUAGGUGUGAGGCUGUGUAGAUAAUAUAAUUUGUUCUUUCUACAGAGUGAUUUAACAAAGAAAACUUCUGAGGUUUUAU